CCUCCUGGCACAUAUAAGACCCUAGUCACACUUGGAGAUGAGGAGGGGAAGGUGUCUACCGCGAGAUGGAUGUGGGCAGCAAAGAGGUCUUGAUGGAGAGCCCGCCGGACUACUCAGCAGUCCCUGGGGGCCGGUUCCAAAUCCCCUGCUGUCCUGUGAACAUCAAACGCCUUCUGAUCGUGGUCGUGGUGGUGGUCCUUGUUGUCAUGGUGAUUGUAGGGGCCCUGCUCAUGGGUCUUCACAUGAGCCAGAAACAUACUGAGAUGGUCCUAGAGAUGAGCAUCGCGGGGCCGGAAUCCCAGCAACGCCUGGCCCUGAGUGAGCGUGUGGGAACUACUGCCACCUUCUCCGUUGGCUCCACUGGCAUCGUGGCAUAUGACUACCAGAGGCUCCUGAUUGCCUACAAGCCAGCCCCGGGAACCUGCUGCUAUGUCAUGAAGAUGGCUCCGCAGAGCAUCCCGAGUCUUGAGGCUCUCACUAGAAAAUUCCAGAACUUCCAGGCCGAGUCCUCAGUACCUGCCUCUAAGCUGGGCCAGGAGGAGGGCCGUGAUGCCGGCUUGGCAUCCUCCGGGGACCUGGCCUUCCUGGGCAGCACCGUGAGCACCCUGUGUGGCGAGGUGCCCCUCUACUACAUCUAGGACCCAUCAGGGCCUCAGCAAGCCCCAAAGGGACAGCAAAGCUCCAGGAGCAAAGGGUCUUGUGCAGACAGGCAGGAAGCCGCUCCUGCCAAUACCACUGGGACUGGUCCUGGAGAAAUGGGAGCUGUGGGGAGAGGUGGGCAGAGGAGAAGCAGCUCCUAGGGCCCAAGGGGGUUCCUACACCAAAGAAUAAAGCAGCCUGAUUGAAAAACGAA